AUGAUUAGAAAUCCAGAUUUCGACUCCUUUGUUUGCUGUGCUCUCUGUUCAAAAAUAAUAUCACCACCACCUUCCCCUGCUACUUUCGAUCUGAUUCGGGAGUAUAAGCCUUUCAAAACACGGUAUUACACUCAUCAGGAUAUACUGGAGAUUGGAGCAAGCAUUCAACAAGAAUUACAUAAUAAGAAGGAAGCAGAGAUACAAGAGCGUAUUGAAAAAAUGAAGGCCGAACUUUGGUCACAGGCCGAAAUGCGCACAGAAGAUGCAGUGGAGAAAGCUCUUAAAGAGGCAGCAGCUAACCACAAUGCAUUUGUUCAAGACCUUAAACAAAAACAUGGAAAGGAAUUAAGGGAAGCGGUGAGGAAGGCAAAGGCGGAGAUGCAGCAGUCCCUGGCAGAUGAGCAGAAGAGAGAAGUUGAAGCUGUAGAGCAGCGCAUGGCUCACAGGCUUCAGCGUGCCUUCCUGGAGUGUGCCCAAGAGAAGGUGCAAGCGAUAGCUGAAGCCAGAAGGCAGGAGAGGGAAGUGGCACUGAAUGAAACAGCCAGGCAGCAAAGAAGGCAUUCAGACCAACUCAAAGAAGCAGGUGUAUUAGCUGAGGAACUAUAUCAUAAGAAUAUACAGCAAUUAAAGAAAGAAAAAAGUCAGGAGAUGAAUAUUGUCCUCGGUAUCACACAAAGAAAGAAUCAGUGUGAAACUGAAAAACAGCUCAAAGAAGCAGAGACCCUACAUCAUCAUGAGCUGGAAAAAGUGAUGAUUACUCUGGAAGCAGCAGAAGACCAAGUGAAGACUCUCAUCCAAAAAUUGGAAAAAAUGACAGCUCGGAAGGACAGCCUGGAAACUGAAAUACAAGCAACAAGACAAGCUCUUCAAAAGUAUAUUGAUGCCACAUUUCCUAACCUGUCUCCAGGACAAGCAGAUUUUAUUCUGCCACUCAGAAAAGCAUUUCAACAGAAAGACACCUCAAAAGAAACAGAGGAGAAUGACAAAGAAUAUAAGAGAGCUGGUACUCGAAGUGCAAUAUUCCCUGCAAAGGUUAAAUAGGAUUGCAAAUAGGUAAUGCUGAAAAAAUAAAUUCAUUUCUGUUCACCGAAUUAUAUGCCUGUGGUUAGAAAGAGACAGAGAAA